AUGACUGUCGCCGGAGCAGCCGGUCGAACCAUCAAAUUCGGACCAUUCGAGGUGACAAAUCAGGUCUUCCUCUCAACACCACACUCCUUCGCCCUGGUCAAUCUCAAGCCUCUCAUUCCCGGGCACGUCCUCGUAUGUCCGCAUAAGCCACACAAACGUCUUACGGACUUGACUCCUGCCGAGACGGCAGAUCUGUUUACUACGGUGCAGCUCACGCAGCGCCUUAUUGCGCGCGCACACUUCCGCACCCCCGAGCCUGAGUCCGGGAGCUUCUCGAUUGCCGUACAAGACGGCGCCGACGCAGGCCAGACGGUACCGCACGUGCAUGUUCACGUUGUCCCGCGGACUGCAGGGGAUAUGGAAACUACGGACGCCGUGUAUGUUAAACUCGCAGGUGAGGAAGGUAAUGUUGGUGGAGCGUUGUGGGAUCGCGAGAUGGAUGCCAGACCGCAGCCAGGCGGAGGAAUGAACCGAGUCGACGAUGAAGAUCGUGAGCCGAGGAGUGUAAAAGAAAUGAUGGACGAAACGGAGAAGUACAAGGCGAUGUUGAGGGAGAUGGGAAUCGAGUCACCGUGGAAGAGAUUGUUUGAGGAGAUGAUUACAGAUUUCAAAUUAUGA